AUGCCACGUAAGCUACGUAAGAAUAUACGUAAGAGGAAGGGAGCAUUGAAACAUCCAAUAGUAAAACUGACACCACAACAACAGUUGCAACAACAAAUUAUGAAUGACCCCACUAUGUUGCAACAAAUGUCAAGCAAUCCUAUGCUUUUAAACCGAGUUAUUGGUGCACAGAGUGGGGGUUUAAGAGCGGCACUUUUAGCGAAAAUGGCAGGCUAUGGUGGAGCUGCAGACGGAACAGCUUAUAACCCUCAAAGUCAAAUGAAUUUGAGUUCACUCAAAAAUCAAAUAACAGAUGUCAAAAAGUCAAACAUAGACAUACAGAAACAAAUAAGUGAAAACGAAAAGAAACUAGAAUAUGACAGACACACAAAGAAACUCAAUGAGUUAAACGUAGAGAAAAAGAAGAAAGAAGAACAACUGAAAGAACUAAGUACAGAGGAAUAUGCGAAAAAAGUGUCAGAAAAAGCAGCAGAAGUAGCAAAAAUGGAACAAGAUGUCAUAAAUUUGAAAAACCAUACUACUCAAUAUAAAAUACUGAAAGAUGAAGAGAUAAAACAAAAAGCCCUGAAGACAUAUAUGGAUAGCGAUGAGUAUAAAAAAGAAGUUGAAGCAAAUGUAAAGGCAGAAAAACUUUUACA